ACAGCCCUAGAUAAGAAAGCCACCUCAAUACUCAGUGUCCCAGCCCCCGUCAAAAAAUCAUACGAAUCAAUUAUCAGGCGUUAUGAAGCUUUGGCUAUGGAAAACAAAUGGCUUAAUCAAGACGGUUCCACCACACAAGAAAUCGUUAUGAUUGGACGUACAUACGAACUGACCCACCUUCUCUUUUGGGCAGUCGCACUUACUGCAUUUUACGGCCUAGCACGUCUUGGAGAACUCCUACCAAACAACCAGGACGACGAAAGCAGGGUCUCAGCUCUAAGGGCACUAGGUUUUGAAACAACAGGAA